AUGGAGCUGUUUGGAAAUUGCGUUGGCCCUGACGGAAAACAAAAACAGUUGCGGGUAUUCUGUGAUGCCUUAGAUGACAACGACCCCAUUCAAAACCUGUUGUCUGAUGUGGCCCAGAUGAAACAGGCAGUAACCGAAUUCUUGGACCCCCUAAUUCAGCAGGAAGUGCAGGACCCGAUGUCGGAAGCUCCGGAAGAAAUGUUGGAGGAGGUGUUGGACGAGGCAUUGGACGAAGCACUGGAUGAGGCGUUGGACUACAUGGUAGACGAGAUGGUGGACGAGUCUUUGGACGAAGAUGAAGGUGAAGAAGAUUUUGAAGAUGAUGAUGAUGAUGAAGAUGACAUCUUUGAUAGCAGCACUGACUCAGGUGAACCACCUGCGAAAAUCCCAAAACUAUCACCUUAG